AUGACGACUACUCAAUCGGCGGCGAAGAUCGAUUCAAACCACCAACGCCUCUACGAUUUCGCCAAAAUGGCUCUCAUCAAGAUAUUCGCUCACCCCUACGCCACGGUGUGCGAUUUGUAUUGUGGAGGUGGCGCUGAUUCUGAUAAAUGGCUCGACGCACAAAUCGGCCAUUACAUUGGUAUCGAUGUUUCUUCGUCUGGGAUAGACCAAAUUCGACAAGCUUGGGAGAGUAACCGGAAAUCUUACACCGCUGAUUUCUUUCACCUUGAUCCUUCCACGGAAAAUUUUGAAAUGAAUUUGGAAGAGAAGAGCAAUACAGUUGAUUUUGUCUGCUGUUUGCAGCAUUUGCAGUUGUGUUUUGAAACUGAAGAGAAAGCGCGGAGACUUCUUCAAAAUGUUUCAUUUCUACUGAAACCAGGGGGAUAUUUUCUUGGUAUUACUCCUGACUCAUCUACCAUAUGGGCCAAGUAUCAGAAGAAUGUUGAAUCCUAUCACAACAAAGGCAGCAGCGUGAAGGCAAACAUUGUUCCCAACUGCAUCCGGACAGAGAAUUACACAAUUACUUUUGAAGUUGAAGAAGAAAAGUUUCCAUUAUUUGGAAAGAAAUAUCAGCUGAAGUUUGCCAAUGAUGUCUCUGCUGAAACCCAUUGCCUGGUUCAUUUUCCAAGUUUAAUCAGACUGGCAAGAGAAGCUGGUCUUGAGUAUGUGGAGAUCCAAAAUUUGACUGAGUUUUAUGAUGACAACAGAGCACAAUUAGCAGGCUUGCUUACGAACUAUGCUCCAAACCUUUUGGAUAUUAGGGGUAGACUACUUCCUCGAUCAUAUGAUGCGCUUGGUCUCUAUACAACAUUUAUAUUUCAAAAGCCUGACCCAGAAGUUGCACCUCCGAUUGCAACUCCAUUAUUGCAAGAUGUUGGCUAUAACUUCGAAGAGGGAACAAUCUGGCGAGAGGAUGAAAUAAAUGGACUUGUACUAGAGUCUUCUAUUGGGCUGGGCAAGAUUAGCGAGCAGAAAGGGAUAUUGGGCCCUGGCCCAGCAGAACUACGAUAUCCAGAAGCUAUUUGA